AUGGAGUACACGGUUCUCCUCCUCCUCCUCGGUGAUGCGGUGAACUUGUCCGCCCGCUUGAUGUCGAAUGCGCCAGCGGACGGCAUCCUUGUGGACGAAGCCACGAAGGACCAGUGCACUAGGGAGGUCAAUUUCACGCCCUUGGAGAGGAUCAAGGUGAAGGGCAAGGCGGACGCCAUCCAGGUCUUCCAGCCUUAUCUGAAGGUCGGCAAAGCUCGCAUCGGCAUUGGGCACGACGGCAAGAUCCACUUCCCCUGGUACGUGAGGCCUUACAGUAUGUCCCACGGCUCGGCGGGCCGCAAGGAGGCCGCCCCGCCCGAGGCGAUGGAGGCCCAGUUCAAGGCGAACGUGGCGCAGCUGUGCGGCCUGUCGGAUUGGGAGGGCAUCAAGCAGGUGACGAAACUGUUGGGGAACAAGUUUAGAGACUCGAGCAGAUCGCGGAGCCAGGACGUUGCGAUGGACAUCUCCCAGAGGAGGGACGCCCGCGCCAACUCCAAGAGGCUCGGUCCAGGUGCAACCUCCCAUCACGCGACGCCAAGAGGCUCGGUUCACUCCAACUACCUGCGGACCAACGUGCGAGCCAGCUCAAUGUCUUCGGUCGCGCAGGGCGUGGACACCACCAGGGCCGCGAGCCUGGCGAGGAUGGUCGCGCAGGGCGUGCCGAAGGGCAGCCCGUUUAUCGAUGGCGGGAUCGUCGUCCUGGAGGGCAAUGUCGGCAUGGGCAAGAUAGAGCUGGCAGAGGAGAUGGUAAUGUACACCCAUCAGAACCUGUACAUGGUGCCCAUCUUCGGCUCCAUCGGCCCCCGCCUGAACGACAUAGAACGCCUCGGUGUUGAGCUGCUGCUGAGCACCAUCGGCGCCUUUCGCCACCUUGACAGAUCGGUCUGGGCGCCGCAGGACCCCUUGCAGGCCUUGGCGAAGCUGCUGCCCAGUGACGGCGACGACGACUUGCAGGAGGACUCGAUCCGCGGACGCGCUCGAGGGGACGGUGGCCUCGCCGGAGGACCAGCGGCGGCUGCUGGAGACCUGCCUCAGGGCUGUGGAGGUGCUCCUCGACCGGCUCCGGCGGCGGGCGCCGUUGCUCGUGGUGGUCCAGCUGGAGUACGGCACCAGCCUGUUCAAGAAGACGAAGGACCAGUUCGGCGAUUUCUGGAGCGCGGUCGCCCGCCUGGGGAAGCUCGCGCUGCCCGGCGAGGUGGACCCCGCCGAGGGCAAGCUCAACCGCGUGACGGCGCCCUCGAAGUUCCACGUCCCCGAGUCAUCGGCACCGACGGGUGA